AUGAAGGCCUGUAAGGACAGCUUCGUGUCAUGUAGGAAGAUUAUAGGUUUGGAUGGCUGUUUCUUAAAAGGAAAAUUUGGAGGUGAGUUGUUAACUGCAGUAGGAAGAGAUGGGAAUGACCAAAUGUGUCCUUUGGCAUAUGCUGUUGUGGAAGUUGAGAAUAAGGACACUUGGAGUUGGUUUCUACAUCUUCUCAUUGAUGAUCUUGGUUGUGUGGAGAUUUCUUCAACCAUCACAUUUAUGUCAGAUCAACAAAAAGGACUUUUACCAGCCUUACAAGAACUUCUCCCUGGUGUGGAGCAAAGGUUUUGUGUGAGGCACAUCUAUGCUAAUUUCAGGAAGAGGUUUCCUGGGCAGAUUCUAAAACGUCUACUAUGGAAGGCAGCAGCAUCAACACACCCUCAAACAUGGGAAGCAGUGAUGAGAGAAAUUAAAGGGGUGAAUCCAGACGCCUUUAAAUACUUAAUAGCCAUCCCACCAAGAUUUUGGUCACGGUCAAGGUUUACAAGUAAUGCUGUAUGUGACACCUUAGUGAAUAACAUGUCUGAAGCAUUUAAUAGUGUAAUUUUACAUGCAAGAGGUAAGCCCAUCAUCACAAUGAUGGAGGACAUUCGUCUGUACCUCAUGAAGAGAUGGGCAACAAAUAGAAACAAAAUAUCCACAUAUGAAGGUAGUAUUUGUCCAAAGAUUAAGAAAAGAUUUGACAAGGAACUGCACCUGACAAAAUACUGGAUACCUAGUUGGUCUGGAGAGAAAAUUUUUGAGGUCAGACACAUUUCAAUGAUGAGUGACAAGUAUGUCGUUGACAUUGAUAAAUUGGAAUGCAGUUGCAGAAAGUGGACUUUAACAGCUAUCCCAUGCUGUCAUGCACUAGCUGCCAUGACAUUUAUCAACAUCAAUGGAGAAGACUACGUGCCACAUUGGUUUACAAAGUCAACCUACCAAGAAACAUACAUUCCAAUCAUCUACCCUGUCAAUGGUCCUCAGCUAUGGGAAACAACUUCUCACCCUGAUGUGUUGCCUCCAACUAAAAGAGUCUUGCCUGGUAGACCAAAGAAGAAGAGAAGGCUAGAGCCUUGGGAGCUAAAGAAGGAUGACACACAACUGAAGCAAAAUGGAACUCGUAAGAGAUGUUCCAUAUGUAGACAGGUUGGACAUAAAAGAAAUAGUUGUCCACAAGCUCCUCCAGCAAACCAAACUCAAUAUCAAUCAAGUGAGCAACCUGCAACCCAAGCUGAACAAAGUCAGCCAAUUACUGGACCAAGUCAACUUACUCAGGCAUCUACAACAGAAGUUUAA